UUCAUAACUUUAUUUUCUAUCUGCCAGCAAGCAUGUUUACAAUUUUCUGUUAAAAGCAAAAAAAAAAAUUUUCAAUUGCGCAAAAAGCUGCAGUUAUAUUUAACAUCAAAUUAUGGAGGCGGAUAAAAGACCCGCAUGGGGACAGAAAUGCGGCAAAGGUUGUCUACUCCCUCUGCGCAUUGUCGUUACCAUAAUGGGUUUCUUGGCGCUAAUCUGCGCUUAUACGAAUCGUGUAUCAAUGUCGCAUGUUAUCACAAAGCUGGUUGUACCCAAAAAUCGAACGGAAACAAAUUCCGGCGUGUGUCCGCCGGAGGAGGUGUCCAAGCAAACCACACAAAACGUAGGCACUUACGAAUGGUCUGAGCAGGUACAGGGAUUAGUUCUGGGUAGCUUCUACAUCGGCUACCUCAUCACUCAUCUGCCCGGAGGCAUAUUGGCGGACGAGCUUGGAGCAAAGUGGGUCUUGGGCAUCAGCUUACUAGUCUCCGCUCUGAGCACUGCUUUUUCCCCGAUUGCUAUUCAAUAUGGCCACGAAUGGGGAUUGAUGGCAAUCCGUAUUAUAAUGGGCGCCGCACAAGGACCCAUUUUCCCUGCUCUUACUACGCUCCUUUCGCAUUGGGUACCCGCCAAAGAGCGGGCCACAUUGGGAACCUUCUGUUACAGCGGAGUUACCGCCGGUACUGUGAUUAGCAACAUUUGCUCUGGAUUAAUGCUUUACAGCUUUCAUUGGUCGGUGGCUCUCUAUGUUUUUGGCGGCAUAACUAUUCUCUGGUUUCUUUUCUUUAUAUUGCUAUGCACUAGUUCCCCCUCCGGACAUCCAUGCAUCAAACCUAAGGAGAUGAGUUACCUGGAGGAUCUUAUACCAAAGAAAGCUGAUAAGUUGCCAAUACCCUGGAAAGAAAUGAUGCUUAGCAAGGCCAUGCUCGCUGUGAUCAUCAGCCAAAUAGGUCAUGACUGGGGAUACUAUGUGAUGAUAUCCUGCCUACCCAAGUACAUGGCCGAUGUACUUCGGUUUUCCAUACGCUCCAACGGCAUCAUGACCUCCUUACCCUUUCUUGCGAUGUGGAUUAGCUCACUUUUGUGUGGCUUUCUGGCCGAUUGGCUAAUAAGAUCAGGCAAAAUCUCAAUAAAUCUUGAAAGAAAGCUGUUUACGUUGAUUGGCGCCCUUGUUCCGGGACUGUUCAUGGUCAUAGCCUCGUAUGCCGGAUGCAAUAAGACCUUGGUUGUGGUGUUUUUUACCCUAUCGCUGUUCACCAUGGGUCCGUACUAUGCUGGCCAGAAGCUGACGCCUAUGGACAUGUCACCUAGUUUUUCGGGCACUAUUAUGGCCAUCUCUAAUGGGCUUGGCUCAUUUGCUGGCCUGUUUUCACCAUAUAUUGUUGGUGUUAUGACACCUAACGCUACAAUGAAUGAAUGGCGUUGGGUAUUCUGGUUGGGGCUUGUUAUUUUGGUUGUUUCUGCCAUCAUAUUUUGGAUCUGGGGCUCGGCUGAAGUGCAGCCCUACGAUCCAAGGGCCGGAGAAAAAAAGGAGGGAUAGGCACCUGUGCUACAUCGUCUAUAUUAAAAUCAUAUAAUUUUUCGGCAUUUACAUUUGACUUGGCAUUACUAAUGCGUAAAUUAGUUUUUAAAAUUAUAAGAAUAAAAUAAAAAAGAGCUUGAGUCUUUAAAUCAA